GGCCUGAGUGUUGUAUGACCUGACUUGAAGUUGCAUAUUAUGUCAACUUGUAAAUCUUGUGGUUGAAAAACCUUUCAUAUUAAAUUUCGUCUUUACAUAUUUUUGUGAACUACGAAGAUACGAAAAAUAAAUACUCAUUGAAAAUCUCAUUCUUUAACCAUAAUCUGGUGAGAUAGCGUUCAACAUCAUUUCAUUGUAGAAAUUUCAUUUCAUUAGUGAAUACAGAUGUAUACAGAUUUUUUAUACAGGGUAAUACAGAUUUUCUCUGAAAAUAUCUGGCAUCUCUGAUCGUAAUCGUCAAUUAAAUUAAACCAUUCGAACUAUCCAAAAUAUCCGAAUAUUUUGUAGUAUUCACCGUUUCGAUGACAUCCGCCAAUGAAGUAGACGCGGUGUUGACUGCAAAACAAGCGCUAAUGCUUGCUUUGGGUGAUAAGUGGGCGUUUUAUUUAGCCAACAUGAAGUUGUGGUUUCGGAAAAAAUCCUCCAAAGAAGAGUUCGACUUGGAAUGCCGGAAGUUGUUCAAUUCAGAUCAGAUACAUCUGCAUAACAAAUUUUUACUGGCAAUUUUAAAUAAAAUCGAUGCUGUGUCAGCUCCUCAUAGUGUUAACUACGGAAUGGAUACAGGUCAUGGAAAGAGCAGCGGUAGUUCAAAGAAGCGAAAACGUUCAUCAAAACCGUCUUCAGAACGGGUCACAUUUGAACCGGCAACGGUGCACGAUUUCGUUCCGAAAGAACUUAUUGAUUAUGAACAGGUAGCUAGUCAAAGUUCGACUGUUCCAACUAUCCGCUAUGCUGCACAGGAGCUGUUUCUACCAGAUAAUGGAUUGGUACUUGGGAGGUUGUUAGUCGGUGCUUGGGAAAACGGACUGAUAAACGUGGAGGAAAAUGCUGUCGAUUUAAUUGUGCAGGCGGUUCAGGUAAUGUUGAAGAAUAUCCUGACCGCAAUUAUCCUGAGGAGAAAGCACUUUCGAACGACGGCUAAUGGGACAUUUGCCUACGACGUGGGACACCAGUUGGCGCAUCCCUUCAAUCGAAAUACCGUCACCAAGUCGAAGAUUGAUGAUGAACCAAUGGAGCUAGAUAAAGAAAUUACCACCGUCUGUUACCUGAAACCACCAGCUGCAGAUUCGAUGUUUCUAGCUUCAUGCGGAGAACCGUACCCAAAUCAGAUGAAAAAGAUAACUGUUUAUGAUUUGUACAAAACACUUUUGAACAGAAACGUCAUUCCUUCUCAUUCAGUUUAUGCGAUGAAUAUGGAACGAAUAUCGAGUUCACUCACUUGAUUUUUUGAAUGAAACAUGUAAGUUAAGAAAAUAAGAUAUUUAUUUGUAUGU